ACGAGCGAGCAGACAGAGAGCGAGACAGAGAGAGCGAGCAGACAGAGAAGCGAGCAGACAAGAGACAGCGAGCAGACAGAGCGGACAGAGAGAGCAGAGACAGAGAGAGCGAGACAGAGCGAGACAGAGAGAGAGCGAGCGAGACAGAGAGAGCGAGCGAGACAGAGAGAGCAGAGCGAGACAGAGAGAGAGCGAGCGAGACAGAGAGAGCGAGACAGACAGAGAGAGCGAGCAAGACGAGAGAGCAAGACAGAGAGAGCGAGACAGAGAGCGAGACAGAGAGAGCGAGACAGAGAGAGCGAGACAGAGAGAGCGAGACAGAGAGAGCGAGACAGAGAGAGCGAGAGAGAGAGAGAGAGCGAGCGAGACAGAGAGAGCGAGCGAGACAGAGAGAGCGAGCGAGACAGAGAGAGCGAGCGAGACAGAGAGAGCGAGCGAGAC